CCGAGUUUUGUUGAGGCUUCUCGUAAGCGAAUCGAGAAACCUGCCAAGAGUCAGCGCUUCUCAGAACUUCACCGACCUCGGGCAAAGUGAGUGCUACACGAAAUUAUUCGACGGACAAGUUUCCAAACGGACCUUCCGUGACACGUGUACUACCCGAGUUUCCUGUUCGAACCACCCGCCCGCUGGCAACCGCUUAUUAUAGAGUUCUGUGAGCUGAAUACAAAUUUGUAAAUCCUGUUUCUCCAUCACUUUCAAUUUUCAAGAAAUUUCAAUUCAAGAAGUAGACAUCAAACAUUCUAUUAGGCGCAAGCGCUAUUCGACUGUUAUCUGGCAAAAGGGAGGCGCGGCUAUAACCAUGGAUCCCAGUGUACUCGCCAACAUGGAUAAGGACGCACUAAAGAAGCAGAUCGAGAACAUGAAGUACCAGGCCAGUAUGGAACGAUGGCCCCUGUCGAAGAGCAUUACCGCAAUGAGGGAGUACGUCGAAGAGAACGAGAAGACUGACCCGUUGAUACACGCGCCCGAUAAGAAGAACAAUCCCUGGGCCGAGAAAGGCAAAUGCAUAAUCAUGUAAUCAGGACGUAGAACCGCAACAGAGUAGGGGAGGAGAAGAAAAAGAGCAGGCAUCGACCAACUACCAUCAGAGAAGCGGGAGAUAAACGAGAAGAGGGUCUUUUUAACUGCGGUCGAAGAAACUAUUAAACAAAACCAAAUAAAAAAAUAAAGGACGUAUAACAAGGAAUGAUGAGGAGGAAGAAAAAGAAGAAGAGAAAUCGAGAGACAGUUACAACGGAAUUGUGCAAUGAUAUAAAAUGGUGGAUCAGGAAGGAGCCAAGUGUUGUUCGUAAACACCAAACAUGGAGGAGCGAGGCUAACGCGGAGGAGAACCAAAGUAGCUGGAGCAAAUUAUUCAACAAUCUUAUUCUUCGUGGUUACCUGUUCGUAGUUACUUUCCCGUUUGGUAUGCAAAGUAACGAACGCUUGAAUUGAAGCUCGGUUUUACCUUCGAAUCGCGUGAAAAAUCUACUAACCCUACCGCGAGGGUUAAUUUAACCUCCAAAUUCGAACAUGACAUUUUAAUUGCGGUUAAGCUUUUGUCUUAUCGAAUGUUUCGUUUAAGGACUAAAUGACAAAAGAGGUUGACCAAACAGGGAAGUAUACAGAAACAGGGACAUGAUUUAGCCUCGUUUCCUGUUACAACUUCCGCCUCAUCGUUAUUUUGAUCUCGAUGUAUUCGAACGUGUUAUACGUCGUAUACACCAUGUGCAAUUUCGAAUCUAGUACCAUGAAAACUCUUUUUGAACCGUUCAUUAUAUCGUAAGGAUUAUUUAUUCUUAAGUACACUGUGUAAUCUAACGUCAUUCUAUGUACACACGUUAUACCAUAUGUCGUCGGAUUAAUAUGCUAUGCAUAUUUCUUCGAAUUUCUUACGGAAAAUAUAAUAAUAUAUUCACAUCGUUUAA